AUGGCGCUUAUCUUUUCAUAUGGUUAUGGGGCCACCCCCGCGUCCGAUGAGUAUGGGAACUACAUCAUCCACGGGGACAUGUCCCACAAGCCCACUUUCUUUUUCACUCAUGAAGAAUGGCACAAGUCCAUGCUGGCAUCAGUUUAUGCCGAGGCGGGCCACCUCUACACCUAUAGCCACGUCAUGCAUGGCUUCAGUGCUAGACUCUGUCGAGCCCAGUUGGCCCGGCUUGAGCAGCUGCCGGGCCAUCGCGCCACCCGGCGCGAUGCUUAUGCCAAACUCUUCACCACCCGCACCCCGCGGUUCCUGGGCAUGAGCAAAAACAAUGGGAUUUGGCCGGUAGCCUCCUUUGGUCGUGAUGUUAUCGUGGGGAUCAUUGACACUGGGAUUUGGCCGGAGAGCGAGAGCUUCUCUGACCAUGGGUUUGCUGUAGUGCCGGAGAGGUGGAAGGGGGCAUGCGAGAAUGGUACGGGAUUCACCCCAUAUCUCUGCAACCGGAAACUCAUCGGUGCUCGCUCUUUCAGCAAGGGUUUACGAGCCGCUGGCCUACCAAUCUCUCAGGAUGAUUACGACUCCCCUAGGGAUUCUGAUGGGCAUGGCACGCAUACAUCCUCAACAGCUGUAGGCAGUGCUGUGCAUGGUGUUAGCUACUAUGGCUAUGCGAAGGGAACAGCGACGGCUCGGCUUGCCAUAUACAAGGUGUUGUGGGUGACCGACACGCUCGAAAGUGCAGCAACGGAUGUGCUUGAAGGCAUGGACCAAGCAAUGGCUGAUGGAGUGGAUGUCAUGUCUUUGUCGAUCGGCUUUGAUCAUACACCCUAUUACGAUGAUGUUAUCGCAAUUGGCGCAUUUGCGGCUGUAGAGAAAGGCAUCUUUGUUGGCCGUGCGGCUGGAAAUGAUGGGCCAUCCCCCAACUCCACAUAUAAUGGUGCUCCUUGGAUUAUGACUGUUGGGGCAGGGACCAUCGAUCGGAACUUUGCCGGGUCGGUGACGUUAGGUAAUGGUGUUGCGGUCGAGGGCGCAUCCUAUUACACAGAAGGUGCCUCUGUGUCCGGUGCCCCUCUUCAUUAUGGUGUAGACAAUGCAACCGAGAUGGUGUCACGCUGUGGCGGAAAAUCCGGAAUUUUCGUGGCCGACUCAACGGACCACUAUCCGGAGGAUUACAUUGUUCCUGCUGUGAUCUUGAGAACUAGCGAUGCAAGCCAAGUGAUGGAUUACAUAAAUGGAACAAUCAACGCCACCGUGCUAGAGAUGAAGUUCCAGAUCACAAACAUCAAUGUUAAACCAGCUCCCCUGGUGGCUGACUUCUCUUCGCGUGGCCCGGACCCAAUAAGCCCUGGGGUGUUCAAGCCGGAUAUUCUAGCGCCAGCUGAGGACGUGCUAGCAGCAUUUAAGCCAGAUGAUUCAUCCUCUAAUGGUGAUUAUGUGCCCACACAAUACAUGUUGGAAUCAGGGACCUCAAUGGCAUCGCCACAUGCUGUCGGAGUGGCGGCCCUACUGCGAGCGGUGCACCCAGACUGGAGCCCUGCCGCCAUCCGCUCUGCCAUCAUGACCACAGCGAUCACCAUCGACAAUGCUCGAGAAACAAUUAAGGACCAAUUCAAUGGGGGCCCUGCAACCCCUCUACAAUUUGGUGCUGGUCAUAUCAAUCCAAAUCGCGCCAUGGAUCCAGGGCUAGUCUAUGAUUUGGCGACUCAGGACUACAUUCAGUUCAUACGUGGUCUUGGCUACAAUAUGGCUGAGAUGGCCACUAUCAUAAGGGGAACCAUGUGGUCAUGUCUUGAGAAUUCUCCCGAGCUCAACUAUCCAUCUUUCAUGAAUAUCAUUCCAGGAAAUGAUACAUCCUUCCCAAAGACUAGGAAUUUCACGAGGGGCCUCACUAAGGUUGGUGAUGGACCUGAGGACUACCAUGCUCAAAUUGAGGUCCCAACAGGAAUGAAGAUCAAGGUGGUGCCAGAGUUUUUAUCUUUCAAGGGCGAGCGCGAUAACCAAAUGUUCGUGAUCUCAAUGGAGAUUGAUGCAGAGCUCUUUAGCUCAGGGAGUGUCGCCUAUGGAUUCCUCAGGUGGGUUGGUUCGAAGAAGCCCCAUCUGGUCUCGAGCCCUAUUGUGGUGGCUCUUCAGUGAUCCUAUCAAGGAACCCAAUAUGGUUAGUGCCAUGAAUAAUUGGAUCUAUGGUAUUGAAUACUAUAAGAUCAUUUACCUUUAGCACGAGAAGGUCA